GACGUUGCCCAGCGCAACGUUUACUGAUCCGAGGCGACUGACAUGUAAACGUCAAGCUGGACCUUCAUAUUUUCAAACAACGGGGCAAUCAAACUCAAGUCUUUACAUUUAAUUUAAAGGUAGUCAAUGCCAAAGAUAAGUAGUGACACGCUAUGGGAGUUGGCCUCUGCGGAGGUUCAGAGUCGGGAGGACGGGACAGGAGGGGAGGAGGAUGGCGGAGUUGAUCCAGUGUCACUCAACGAGAGAACCGUGUUCUUCAUUGGGAAUAAAGCAGGGGGUAAAACUACAAUUUUGCUCCGGUGCCUCGACAGGGAUGAACCACCUAAACCAACUCUAGCGUUGGAGUACACCUUUGGUAGACGGGCGCGAGGACACAACACUCCCAAAGACAUAGCUCACCUGUGGGAGCUGGGAGGAGGUACCUCCCUAUCAGACCUGGUUCAGAUCCCCAUCACUGCUCAGAAUGUCAGGUCUCUGUCUGUGGUGCUGGUUCUGGACCUGUCCAAGCCCAAUGCUCUAUGGGGAACCAUGGAGAGGCUGCUUCAGACAACACGGACCCAGGUGGAGAAAGCUUGCUCCAAGCCACAAAGGACAGUAGAGUCCAAAGCUGGGUCCAAGCAGCAGGCCCAGAACAGACCCCUAAUGGUCCUCCCUAAAGACUACCCGGACAGAGAGCUGAUCAACCCCUUCCCAGUUCCACUGCUGAUUAUUGGCAGCAAGUUUGAUAUAUUUCAGGACUUUGACUCUGAGAAGAGGAAAGUGAUCUGCAAGACCCUUCGGUUUAUUUCUCAUUACUACGCAGCUUCUUUAAUUUUUACCAGCAGCAAGUCUGAGAGCUUGAUGUCCAAAACUAAGAGCUUAUUCACACAACUAGGAUUCGGGACAGAGAAGGGGAAAUCUAUGUCCUCUGACCUCAGUAAGCCUCUAAUCAUUCCUGCUGGGAUGGACUCCCUCAGCCAGAUAGGUUCUCCCCCAACCACAGAUGUGGACAUUGGGACUCUUCAUGCUAAAAACCCUCUAGAUCUGUGGAAGAAAGUGUUUGAGGUUGUUUUCCCUCCUGAGAACACCAGUGACCACCACAGAGAGCUGAAGGACCCAGCCAAGGACCCCCAGUAUAGUGAGCCCCAGAUUGACUCCAUGAGGGCCCAGAAAGACACCGAACUGGAUCAGUACAAGAGAAACGCGUCCAAGUCUUGGAAAGGCCUGGAACUGGAGACCUAACUUAAUGGACUCAUCAGCUCUCUCAGCCAAUGAGAUCAAAAGAACAGAAUGUUCUAAAGCACAGACCGACUUCAGCCAUGGCAGACACCUAUCUACUCAUUUAAUAAACCGUACAGACUUCAGCCAUGGCAGACACCUUUCUACUCAUUUAAUAAACCAUACAGACUUCAGCCAUGGCAGACACCUGUCUACUCAUUUAAUAAACCGUACAGACUUCAGCCAUGGCAGACACCUGUCCAGUCAUUUAAUGAACCGUACAGACUUCAGCCAUGGCAGACACCUGUCCAGUCAUUUAAUGAACCGUACAGACUUCAGCCAUGGCAGACACCUGUCUACUCAUUUAAUAAACCGUACUGACUUCAGCCAUGGCAGACACCUAUCUACUCAUUUAAUAAACCGUACAGACUUCAGCCAUGGCAGACACCUGUCUACUCAUUUAAUAAACCGUACAGACUUCAGCCAUGGCAGACACCUGUCUACUCAUUUAAUAAACCGUACAGACUUCAGCCAUGGCAGACACCUGUCCAGUCAUUUAAUGAACCGUACAGACUUCAGCCAUGGCAGACACCUGUCCAGUCAUUUAAUGAACCGUACAGACUUCAGCCAUGGCAGACACCUGUCUACUCAUUUAAUAAACCGUACAGACUUCAGCCAUGGCAGACACCUGUCUACUCAUUUAAUAAACCGUACAGACUUCAACCAUGGCAGACACCUGUCCAGUCAUUUAAUAAACCAUACAGACUUCAGCCAUGGCAGACACCUGUCUACUCAUUUAAUAAAGCGUACUGACUUCAGCCAUGGCAGACACCUGUCCACUCAUUUAAUAAACCGUACUGACUUCAGCCAUGGCAGACACCUGUCCAGUCAUUUAAAACCAUACAGACUUCAGCCAUGGCAGACACCUGUCUACUCAUUUAAUAAACCGUACUGACUUCAGCCAUGGCAGACACCUGUCCACUCAUUUAAUAAACCGUACUGACUUCA